AUGACUAUCACCUUACAAGAUGUGGCCGGCAUAUUGGGAUUGCCCACUGACGGUAUUGUCGUUACCGGAUCUACAAAUGAGGAUUGGCCCGCUGUUUGUGUUGUUGUUUUUGGCGCGGUUCCACAGGCCAAUGAGUUCCAUCAUUCAGGUGACCACCGCAUCUCAUUCUUAGAUCAGUUAUAUACCCGGUGGACUGAUCAUGCUGGGGAUCAUGAUCGCGAGAUAUAUUUCACAAAGGCGCACAUUGCCCGCAUGCCGGGGUGUUGGUUGCUGGCGGACAAGUCUGGAGGUAGCAAUAUCGGUUGUCGGCUAGUCCUGUUGCUUGGGGGAGGAUUUGAUGAGAUUGGUCGUUUCAGCUGGGGAUCUGCGGUUCUGGCACACUUGUUCAGGAAUUUGUUCGAGUGUACAGAUGUCGGUCGAUCUGACAUGGGUGGUUGCCAUAUUCUUCUUCAGAUUUGGGCAUGGAUACGAUUCUCACCCAUUGCUCCACCCCUUCCUCCUCAUCCAGAGCCGGGCACGCAUUAUGGAUACCGGUUUAAUACGGUGGCAAAGUUUAAACCUCAUGAGGUUGUCCAUUAUCGGGCAACCAUGGAUACACUAUGUAGAGAUGAGGUGGUGUGGCAACCAUAUAUCGAUUAUCAGUGGCCGGACGUGACUCCACACCAGCAGUACCUUUGGCUUGCUGUGACACCUCUUAUUUACUUCCACAUCAUAGAGGCAUGUCAACCGGAUAGGUGCAUGCGGCAGUUUGGUUUGGAUCAACCCAUCCUGGAUGUGAGCAGGAAGUUGAGAGGGAUCCAUGAUCAUACUCUGCAGGGGAAGGUUGACGAGAACUGGAGGCGUAAGCUUCGUCCUUGGAUUGAAAGAUGGCAGGUCAGGGAGCAACAUAUCGUUGUGCCCCCUCCAUUACUAGGGUUGAUGUCACCUAACCAUGCGUACAUGGAGUGGUACCGAGCGAAGGGAAAGAGAUACAUUUCUCUGAGGGCUACAAAGAUUGGACGAAUGAUUGACGGUCUAGAGAUGCUGUAUCAUGUAACAACUACGGAGGAGUUUCCUUGCUUCGGCUUAGACUAUAUCCAUGAGGAGAUUGGCAGGAUUAUUGGCAUGUUUCGUGAGAAUUCACGAGUAGAUGAGCCUGGGCCUGAGGCACCCCCAGUCCAGACACAGCCUGAUCCGCAGUUGUCGUUGAAGGUUCCCCGUAAUAGACAGGAGGGGCGCGGAUUAGGACAUACCCGUGAGCGAGUUACAGCUGUACCUGUUCCUAUUAUGGCACCGAGACCAAUGGUGGAGACUCAGGGAUGGUUCAGACCUCCAGUCAUUGGGACUACUUACGGGUCACAACCGAUGUAUCAUAACAGGUCGCAGGAUGCAGGUGGACCUAGCCAGCCGGAGUCUGACCACCUAUACAUGGAUUCACAGGAGCCAGUUUUCUAG